AGUGGCUUACUUGUUUACUGGGUCGAUGCAACGGGACAUUUGAAAAAAAGUUUGAAAUGAGUUCGUUUUUAAUGGAAAACAUACUCAAAGAAGAAUUCAAUACAAAAAAAUUCAGCUUAAAAAAUCUCCAACAAAACCAACCGAGGUUAGAGUUUCAAUGCAUUUCACACAAUACUAGUCCUGAAUUUAAAACGAAAACUCAAGAAAGAUAUGAAAGAAAUAUUUUAUUAGACGAAUACAGUUGUUUUUCGCACUCAUGUCAUUUGUGUUACGGACAAUUAAAUUCUGAUCCAUUUAAGUUAAGUUCAAAAAUUUCUUCGGAGCUACGGCGUCAAAGUAGUCAAGAUUACCCUGACCUAAACUACAUGGAGCGCUCUUGUUUUUAUUGUCCUACACAACAUUUCAUUUUGAAUAAUACAAAUUUGAACACGGAUAAACCAUUCAAAAAGAAUUCAUAUUCUUCACAUUUCUUAAAAAGAAGACAUAGAACAAUUUUUUCGGACGAACAAUUAAACGUAUUAGAAAGAUUGUUCAAUAAAACGCACUACCCUGACGUUAUUGUGAGAGAAGAAAUAGCAGGAAUAAUAAAUUUAACAGAAGAAAAGGUUGAGGUGUGGUUCAAAAAUCGCCGAGCCAGAUGGAGAAAGCAAAAGAAAGAUUUGUCUGGAAUUUAUUAAAAGAUUUUUUGUUGGAAUAUAAAAGAUUAAUAAAUUUUGUAGAUAGAACCCAAAUUUUUUUUUUUUGUGAUCUCAAAUGUAAAAUAUUUAGUUAAAAAUAAU